UUGCCGCAGCAGCCGCCGGAGAGGGAGCCGGGAGGCUGCCGGUGCGGCGGACUCCGGCCCUCCGCCAAUCAGAGGCGAUGCUCGGGGCCGGGCUAUAGCCUGUGGAUGCGGCGGGCACAGGCCGGCGGGGUCCCUACGGACAGGAAAGCUGCACUGAUUCUGCGGCUGGCUCCGGGCGCCCGGAGCCCCGCUCCGCCGCGCCAUGGGCACAGUGCCCUCAGCGCUGAGGCACUGCCUCAGCUACCAGCACCUCCUCAAGGAGCAGCUGUGGAUCGGGGAGCCGGCCGCGCCGCCGCCUGCGGUGCCGCACCCCGGGCAGGAAUCUCAAACAUCUGGGCUGCCUGAGUACAUAAAGAUUGUAGAAGUUGGGCCAAGGGAUGGAUUACAAAAUGAAAAGGUGAUAGUCCCAACUGAUACCAAAAUUGAGUUAAUCAACCGGCUUUCUAAAACAGGCCUGCCUGCCAUAGAAGCAACCAGUUUUGUUUCAUCCAAAUGGGUGCCUCAGAUGGCAGAUCACAAAGAAGUAAUGAUGGGCAUCGAGCGGCAUCCUGGAGUCCAGUAUCCUGUUCUCACACCUAAUCUUCAAGGUUUUCAUUCUGCUGUUGCAGCAGGGGCUACAGAAGUCUCAGUAUUUGGUGCAGCAUCUGAAACUUUCAGCAAAAUGAAUAUUAAUUGUUCAAUUGAAGAAAGCAUAGAAAGAUUUGAAGAAGUUGCUAAAUCUGCAAGGAACAUGAAUAUUCCAGUGCGUGGGUAUGUGUCGUGUGCAUUGGGCUGCCCAUAUGAAGGAAAUGUCACACCAGCCAAAGUGGCAGAAGUAUCGAAGCGGCUGUACAGUAUGGGCUGUUAUGAAAUCUCUCUGGGGGACACAAUUGGUGUGGGCACUCCUGGAAGUAUGAAAAGAAUGUUGGAAGCUGUUAUGAAAGAAAUUCCUCUGAGUGCUCUUGCUGUUCACUGUCACGACACAUACGGCCAGGCAUUAGCCAAUAUCCUCACAGCCAUACAGAUGGGAGUUGCUGUAGUGGAUUCAUCUGUUGCAGGACUAGGUGGUUGUCCCUAUGCAAAAGGUGCUACUGGAAAUGUUGCCACAGAGGAUGUGAUAUACAUGCUGAAUGGUUUGGGGAUCAAUACAGGAGUAAAUCUUUAUAAAGUGAUGGAAGUUGGAAACUUCAUCUGUACAGCUUUGAACAAGACAACAAACUCCAAAGUUGCACUAGCUUCCUUCCAUACUGGAGCUAUCAAUUAGAUGGAAUAUUUUUUUUGCAGCUUAAUUACGUUUGUCAUCUGAGGAUAUUUAUGUCAAGGAAAAAAAAUAGAACCCAAAUAUAACUUUUUAUUAUGGGAAGAGUUAUUGUACAGUACCUUGUUGUGAAUUGUCUGAUUCAUAAGUAAAAAUAAAUGACUGUAGUAGAGAAGCCUGUGCUUGGUACUUACACAGAUGAGACAAAUGCAUAAACACCAGGACACUGUAUCAUGUUUCAGAUUAAAUUUUAAGGGGGGUGGUGUGUCUGGAUAAAACUGGAUAGAAGCAGUGAAUACAGAGUUAAUUUUGAAUCAAGAUGACUUUUAGAACAGUACAAAUAUUUGCAGUAGUUUAUGAGAUCCCACACUGUGUGUGGCCAUUCUAUUGU